UUAAGGCCGGGGCGGCAGCUGCGGGAGAUUAGACGAGGCGAGGACACCAACGCGCAGAUAUCUGGUUUGGACUGGAGACCGAUCGUGACUUGAUUCAGAAUUCCAAAGAUCAGUUUUUACCAGAGAGUCUGUGUUUUUUAAUGUGAGCGGUCUAUGCUAAUCCCGCUUUGGCGAUGAGUUGUUUCGGAUACCGCCGGGAGCUGAGCAAGUACGAAGACGUGGACGAGGAUGAGCUCCUGGCGUCACUCAGCCCCGAAGAGCUGGCCGAGCUGGAGAAGGAGCUGGUGGACAUCGACCCCGACGCCAACGUGCCCAUUGGGCUACGACAGAGGGACCAGACCGACAAGACCCCGACCGGGACCUUCAGCAGAGAGGCCCUCAUGAAAUAUUGGGAAGCCGAGACCCAGAAAAUCCUCGAAAAUGAAAUCGCUGGAACCAGCCCUAAAACGGAUGAAGAAGACGAGGGUGUGACAGACAGAAAAAGCGAAUCAGAGGACGAAAAGGAUGACGGAAGCGAGAAAGAGCAACAACAGCAAAAAGAGGAGGAAGAAGAGGAGGAUGAAGAAGAGGAUGAAAGCGAAGAGGAGGAGGAGGAGGUCGUAACAGAAGAGGACGAAGAAGACGACGACGAAGGGGAAAAAGCUCACGUGGAGCCCGUAUUGCCGCCGACGCCUGUCAACGUCCCCCAGCAGCUGAAGCCGCAGAGGGCGGAGCCUGUCAGACUGACUCCUCCCCCUCAACCUGCAGACCCUAACGCCAACGGGAACCCCACCGUCGUGGACGAGGCCCUGCAGCGAUCGCUCAGCGACGACCCCGAGCUUACGGAAGUUAACUUGAACAACAUCGACGACAUCUCACAGGAGACUCUUAUCCGAUUCGCGGAAGCUCUGAGGCCCAACACGCACGUGCGCGUCUUCAGCCUCGCCAAUACCCACGCGGACGACCCGGUGGCUCUGGCCAUCGCCAAGAUGCUGCGGGAGAACUCGUCCAUCGUGAGCCUCAACAUCGAGUCCAACUACGUGAGCGGGAAGGGCGUCCUGGCGCUGGUUCAAGCCCUCCCAGGAAACAACACCCUGACCGAGCUCCGAUUCCAUAACCAGAGGCACAUCUGUGGAGGACAGGUAGAGAUGGAGAUGGUGAAGAUACUUCGGGAAAACCACACCUUGAUCAAGCUGGGCUACCAGUUUAACCUACCUGGUCCCAGGAUGAGCAUGACGGGCAUCCUCACCAGGAACCAGGACCGUCAGAGGCAGAAACGACUGCAGGAGCAGAGGCAACAGCAGCAACAGGGGGCGCCGGAAGGAGCCACCAACCCCCGGACCACUGCACUGCGAGGAACACCCUGCAGCUCACCUAGAUCCUCUCCUUGGUCCUCUCCUAAAGUCCCGCGCAGCAACCUGGCUAAGAAACAGACACCUCCUGCACCUCCACCACCGCCUCCCCCACCACCACCACCACCACCACCACCACCCCCUCCUCUGCCACUGCUUCCCUCUCGUCAGGAGAAGAAGAAGCCCACCCGGACCAUCGCGGAGGUGAUCAAAUCCCACGAGGCGAGCAGCAAGAAGUCCAAGACCAAAGGGAAGAAGGGCAAGAAGGGCAAGGCCAAGGACGAGACCACCUGCAUCCUGAAGGAGCUGAAGAACGCGCUGAGGCCCGUGGCGGCGGAGAGGCGGGGGGAGGAGGGCAGCAGGCCGUCCACCCCCAUGAGGUCGGCCCACGACCAGCUGAUGGACUCCAUCCGGAACAGCAGCAUCCGCAGCCUGAGGAAGGUUGAACUCCCGUUACACCUACGAUAAUAUAGAAGAAAGAAGAAGUUGCCAUGGUAACUGGCUUUGACACAGGAAUAGCAACAGUGGUUUAAAAAAAGUGGGAUUUUUUUUGGGGCCCUGCUACAAGUGAUCUAUUUUGUAACUUUAUUUUAUUUUUAAAAACUUAAGUUUGUUUAUUGAUAUUUUUUUUCUUGUCAACUUGUAAAUAUGAUGUGCUCUUGUUUGAUUGAAUGAAGUGUUCAUUUCUAAAUACAAA